AUGGCCGAAGCGAAGAUUGUAAAACACGCGAAGAAUUUGAUUGAGUUUCCAUCUGAAGAAGUCAAGAAAGAGAUCAAGAAUUUAGUUUCCAUAGAUAUCUCGAUGAAUAGAAUUCAAGAGUUGCCGUCACAAAUCAACUCCCUUCCAAAACUGCAGAAAUUGCGAGCGAAUGACAACAUGAUUAAAACGUUACCGAAUCAGAUUAACAUCCCCACUCUUAAGACUUUGGACUUGUCCAGUAACCAUUUGAAGAAGUUCUCAAAAUCAAUUAAACUGACUUCUUUGACUGAGUUGAAUAUGUCCAUCAACCAAAUCACAAAAAUCUCAGAUGAGUUUGGUACAAUGCAAGCACUGAGGUACAUCGAUAUGAGUAUUAAUCGUAUUCUCGCUAUCCCAAAGCACAUGUCGAAGCUCUCCAAUCUCACGUUCAUCGAUAUGUCUAAUAACCUGUUGAAUAACUUCCCGACUCCAUUGCUUGAGUUAACGGGAUUGGUCGUCUUAAAAGUGAAGGACAACAAAAUCGCGACAAUACCAAAUGGGAUGUCGAAGAUGGCGUCUUUACAGAUCUUAGACAUCUCAAACAAUCGAAUCGAUAAGAUCACUCCAUCGUUAUGUAAGUUGACUAAACUCUCUGUGUUAGAUGUCUCUGCAAAUCCAGUGAAUGAAAUUAACGAUCAAAUCGCGAAUUUGACAACUAUUAAAGAAAUUAACUUCUCGUAUUCCCUCUUAAAGACAUUGCCAAAGUCAUUUAUGUCACUUAUUGGCUUGAAGAAGUUAACACUUCAACAUACGUCAGUGAAAGUCCCUCCAAGUGGUCUUCAGAAGUUUACGAAUGUCUCCGAACUCAAUUUGUCCAAUGGAGAACUUGAGAAGGUCACUGAGCUUCCUAAGUCUGGAGAUAUUGAUUUGUCAAGUAACCAAAUUGUCGAAAUGGACUUGCCGGAAAUGGAGUAUGGCAUUCACAAGUUGAACUUGUCUUCAAACAAAUUGAAAGAUUUUCCAAAUAUCAAGAAGCUCUCAGUGAUUAAGACGUUGAUCAUUCAAAAGAAUAUGCUUGGAAGUGUCCCUGAGGAGAUGCUCACAGGAACAAGUUUGACUGAAUUGGAUUUGUCUUCGAAUUCAUUCAACUCAUUCCCAAUGGCUAUCACGACGUGUACGAAUUUGGUGAGACUUAAUAUGUCGAACAAUUAUCUCGACUCAUUGCCGGAUAUCUCAUACAGCUGCUUGGCUAAAUUGGAAGAACUUCUUCUUGGUAUUAACAUCAUAGAUCGACUCCCAGACACUAUGAGUGAGUUAACCAAUUUGACUUCUUUACAUCUUGAACACAAUAAGUUGUCGAAGAUCCCCGAGUCCCUCUUUUCUAUGGGUAGACUCGUUGGACUCUUUUUGAAUUGUAACCAAAUUCCAGAGCUGCCGGAGAAGUUCUCGUUGUUGACGAAUUUGGAGAUGUUGGAAUUGUCGUGUAACUUCAUUAAAGAUGUCACGCCUAUUACUAAUUUGGUUGCGAUCAAAGAUCUCGACUUGUCGACGAAUGAAAUCUUGACUUGCCCAUCGAAUUUGUGCUCAAUGACGUCACUGAAAUCACUUGACUUGUCGUAUAACGGAGACUUCUCCUCGACGGAGAACUUCCCGAUGUUCUUUGCGUCGACAUUGACGCGACUGACGAAUUUCCACUGCACUAUUAAUGAUAAGGUGAAGCUCAAUAAGUUCGCGUCGACACUGAAAACCCCCAUCACCGGUCCCGUCCCGUUCAAAGCACAAAACCCGACCGAACACUUCUCACUUGGGAAACCCAAUUCGAUGCGAUUUAAUAACGUCGCUAUUUCAAACGACACGUUCACCUUUGGGAGUGCGGAAAUGUGUGGUAAACGAGAUCAAAUGGAAGACGCACUGAUUCUGAUUGAAAACUUCACGGCGGGCGGAGUCCAUUUAAUUGGGCUGUUUGAUGGGCACGGAGGCGCGGAGUCGUCGAAUUACGUUGCGUGCCACUUCGCGAGAAUAUUGAAGAAACAUUUACUCACUGAAAAUAACUUGGGAGUCGACGCCGCACUCAUUGAGACGUUCAACGAGUUGACUGCGGACGUGAACAAGAAGGAGUUCAAUGAUGGUACAACGGCGUGUGUGUUGUUAGUGACGCCGAAUGAAUAUUACACGGCUCACGUUGGUGAUUCGCGUGCUAUUGUUGUACGAAAACAAGAUUAUGAACAACUCACUGAAGACGAUAAGGCAACGGCACCGUCUGAAAUUGAACGAAUAGUUUCUGUUGGCGGAUAUGUGACUAAAGGAAGAGUGAAUGGUGUCUUGGCUAUUACAAGAUCAAUAGGAGAUGUCAGAUUCCAACCAUUUGUAUCAUCGGAGCCUCAUGUGAAUCGAUAUGUCCGACGUAAAGAUACGGACAUGUGUAUUGUGAUGGGGUGCGAUGGUGUCUGGGAUGUGUUAACUAAUGAAAAAGUUGCUGAUAUUUGCAGAAAGAAAGAAGGGACAAAGAGAAUGUCUGAAAUUGCGGGGUAUAUUAGAGAUAUGGCUUUCAUUCUUGGCUCUGAAGAUAACAUCUCCUGUGUCGUCUGCCACUUCUAA